CAGCAAAGAGUCUGGGAUUUUCGGAAACAACAACAGUAGUAGUCGAUUGGGUGGGGCGGCUCAUACGCCCAACGGUGCUAAUGACCACCUGCACCCGUCCCAUCCGGUGCGUGCUAUGCAUAUCGGAAAGGCCUUGGGCUCGUACGCGGUUGAUUUCAACGACUCCAAGCUGCGCACCCACCAUGGUGCGGUCGACCAGGACGCGCUGACUUCGCGCCCGCCCCACGAAGUAUUUGUCCAGGUCAAACAGGCAUUAGGAAGUAUGGGUAUUGAUGUGAAGCGCGAUGGCGAGUACAAGCUAAAGUGCACCCGCCGCAAGCGCAAGGCCGCGCCUGACAUCAUCGUAACUGGAUCCCAGGUGUCCGGAGUAUCCGAGACAACCGAGACGGUGUACGGCGAUCCGGUGGUGGAUUCUGGAGAGGAAGUCCGGUUCAGUGUGGAGUUGUGCAAGAUCAAGAACUUGCCUGGUUUGUACAUUGUCGACAUUCGUCGCAUGAAGGGUAGUGUCUGGGCAUACAAGUGUAUCUAUCAUGCCUUGCUCGAGACCCUGGAUUUGAGU